GGAUUUAUUGGACAUUGGCUUCUGUCCUUGAGAACUUCCGUAAGUUAACUGGUGCGUAUUGGGUUACGCAUUUUUGCUGUAAAUACUGUCUACUCCAGUUUCUUACUGAAUAAUAAUAACACAUGAACGGAUUGCAUCAUAAUUUGCUGGAUCAUCAAUACCAAAAUACUCACAUGCGGAACAGAAUCCAAGAUAUUGAUGUCGAUCAUAGGACCGUGUUCUCCUUUGAAUCGAACGCACAAUUGUGCGAUAUGACUAUCGACAGCGUCGAGUCUCGCUUACUACUUGUUGGAUCACAGGACGGCCACAUAUAUGUAUUUGAUGUUGAAGACCCAAGUUUUUUUAGUCUUGACUCAGUUAAACACACUUCGAUUGCAUCUGUUUGUAACAGAAGUAAAGGUUCAGGAUUUCUGUCGAAAGGAUCCCCACUCAUUUGUGUACAAUGGUAUCCAGUUGACAGUGGUUCUUUCACUUCGGCGUCAGCUAAUAAAAUGCUUGGGAUAUGGGACACCAACCGCCUUGAAUGCGUCACGUCAGUAAGUUUCGCCCAAAGUUUGUCCUGGUUAUCUAUGUCACCUGUGGCAUGUAGUCACAAUCUGAUCGCAGUUAGUCUAGGACCAUGUAGUGGUGAAUCAACUGGCCGCGCCGUUUUAGUUGAUCCUCUUAUGGGUUGUACAGUCACUACACUACUUGGAAGUCAUUCUCAAUCAGGCCUUACACAAGUUACUUGGUCCCCUAGGGCUGCUUAUGUUGUUGUUACAGGAGGGCGUGAUGGGAGAGUACUGUAUUGGGAUAUCAGGUUUCCUACAAAACCGAUAUAUUCUCUGAACAGAGAAAAUGAUCCACAAAGUGAUUUGGGAUAUUCUAAUGAAGCUAUUGCACAUACAGGACCUGUGCUAGGCCUCAAAUUUUCAUCAGAUGGUUUGCAUUUAAUUUCAUGGGGUGGUUCCGGUUUAACCGUAAAUGCUGCAUCCCUUCGUCUUUGGACGUCUGGUCCUGGUGAUUGUGAGCAAUCAUCACAUAUUCCUAGAUUGCGUCCCGUGAACUUUGGAAACAUAAUUCUCAACUCGGAAAGUAACCAAAUUUCUGACGCUGGGAAUCAAACUUUUACAAGUUCUAAUUCCUCAGGAAGUGGGAAUCAGAGUCCACAAUCGUCUGUCUUGCCAAUAAGAUUGGAUACCACACAUAUGUCAAUAGGCGAUUUGUGGGGAGCCUCAUCGUUAUGUAUUUUUGUUCCUGUAAGAAACCGCUUAUUAAUUGCUUCAGCGUCUAAACACAACACAUCGACUAAAAUUAUAACGCGACACUUUUCAAAAGUGGGUUUCUUGAAUUAUGCCAACUGUUUUUCAUUUGUUAGUAAACUCACUAUUUUGUUAUACACUGUGGCUUUGAUAUUCAUAUUUAUACCUAACUAAAUAUGCAAAAAAAUCUUUGUAGAUGUUCUUUAUUUUUACUAUUGACCAGACUUACAAUUCAGUUAUUCUUAGAUUCACUUUGGUACAUAUCGGAAUCAUAAUCCUAGUGCCAGUGUGCGACAUCCCUAAUAACCUUAGUAACUUCAGAUUGGUCCUAAUUAGCUGACUUAUCUAAAAUUCAAUAUCUUAGUUGUCAUCUAACGUCUCUUUGUAGGUACAUACCUCACCCGAAUAAUAGUUGAAGUAGUUUGAUAAGUGUUACAUCAGCUUCCUACAUCCCUACCAGUUUCUUCAUUUGGUAAUACAACCUUUCGAGUGCGCAAAAUAGCGGAAUUGCCUAACUCGAUUCAGUUCAAUGCAUCAUGACUGAAGCCAAACUUGGUGUGCUAGUUAGUCGUGGUCUAGUUAAUUUGUAUGUUUAAGUGCUAACUGUUUCUCUUUCAUGGUUCAUUAGUUUAGCGUUGAUUCAGACUGAAGCACACAUCCCACGAAUGCAUUUGGACGUGCAUCCAUUAUUGAGGCUUUACUUCUAAGUACUUAUAUUUAAAAUACCGUUUGUCCUCAGCAGAGUUUUUAUGAAUUUUAGAUACGUGCAUGUGUUUGGAACGAUCGUCGUUUAGAAUUGUAUACCUGCGGAGCUGACGGAAAUCUCUUUACAUGGCCCAUUCUUCCUCUUUCAAGCAGCAAUGUGAUUGAUGAUGAUCAAUUUUAAUUUAUACACCUUAGUAUUUUGUAAAUAAACAUGUAUAGUGAUAAUUGAAAUCUUAUAAUUAACUAUUGCACACUUGUGUUGUUAUUACUGAAUAUGCCUAUCAGAACUAAUGAAUCCAAUUGCCAGUUGACUGCUGUUUUUAGUAAAUCAAAUGAAAGAGUUAUAACAUUAAUACUAUGUAGUUUUAGUUGAAUUAUCCAUAAUUGUUGUCAAGUGUCAUA